AUGAGAGAUGGAAUUGAAUUCUCCAUCCACAUUACUACUCCAUCUGAGAAAAUCAUCCUCAUCAAGCAGAGAAUCACAAGGUACUUUGCAUAUUUUCACAAGUCUAAUACAUGGAUACUUAUGACCUGUAUUCUUUGUGACAGUUACAUUGAAGGGAAGAAAGAUCAUUGGUGUCCAGCGCCAAUGAUAAUAUUCAAAGAUAUGGAGUCUUUAAACAGUGUGAGGAUUGCAGUUUGGCCAACACAUAGAAUGAAUCAUCAAGAUAUGGGAGAGAGAUGGGCACGAAAAUCUCAACUAGUUGAAGAGAUUGCAAAGAUUUGCAGAGAGCUUGACAUUGAGGAUAGAUUGUUUCCUCUUGACAUCAAUGUCAAAACUAUGCCAUCUCCUACUGGUUUGCCUGUUUCUGACCGUCUUCCACCUCAUUGGACUGCUCCUGCUUCUGGCAGCAACUGA